GCUAUGGACGCGCCUCACAGUGUGUGUGUUUAGGGCUCGGCCAGCGCCUAGGGUUUGUGCUCGAUCGGGGAAGGGGACGAUGCGUACAGCGACAGCAGCGGGGGUGUCACGAGUAGCGGCGCUCGGAUUAUCGGCAAUCGGCGGCGCCGCGGGGGCAGCGAGGAGCUCGACGAGGAGAUUUGGCGGCGAUUGGCUCUGGUGGUGGCGCCCGGAAUGGUGGUCUGGGGGUUCUCCGCGAUCGUUGUAGGGGUUCGUUAGGGUCCAAGCAAGCCAGCAACCGCUCCGCUCCCACACCUUCCAAUUGAUGCUGUGAUUUCCACUCCGCCAUGCAUGGCUCUGGAUCGCCCCUCGGCAGCGGUCCUGGGCGAUUCGUGGAGUGGGAGGAGACGUUUGUUUCCAAUGACCGUGGGAGCAGGGUCGUGCACUACUAUCUCAAGGAUCGCCAGGGGCAGGCGACGCUGGCGGUGGUGGGCACCGAGCGCAGCGUCCGGCAUAUGGUGUAUGUGGUGUGCGACGAUUUUCUCCCGCUUGCUGGGCUGGACAAGAGCACCACCGCGAAUUUCAAGUGGCGUGCUCGUCGUGAAGUUGUGGACUGGCUCUCCUCUUUGCUAUCGAAGUCUUGUGCGUCCUCUCCUUGUCGCUCGAAUUCUCACGUCUCAGUUGAGACUGCUGCCACGGAAGACAGUCCAGAUGGUGGGAAGCGUCUUCACGACUCGAAGAAGUCCGUGACGAACGUUUUCUGGGUGGGAUCGAGCUGGACUUGUCGCAAACGCUUGAAGCAUUACAAGUCCUUUCGAAGGAACGGAAUUACAAUAGCAGUGAAAAGCUUUGUUUUUGUGAUGUCCGAGGAGAACGAGCACCAUAUUGCGUACAUAGAGGACAUGUACGAGGAUAAAAAGCUGAGGAAGAAGCUCCGUGUUCGAUGGUUUCAUAAGACCAGCGAGCUGGCUUGCAAAAUCCCAGCCCCGCCACCUCAUCCGCGAGAGGUGUUUUUUACUCAGUUUCCGCAAGUAAUUAGUGUUGAAUGUGUAGAUGGUCUUGCUACAGUUCUGGCACCCGAGCACUUCGAGAAAUGCCCGCUGUUUCUUCCCGAUUCCCAGGAGCUCAUUCACGUUUGCUCGAGGCAGUUUGACAACGACGGGAUUAAGCCGUUAAACAUCUGCGGUGUGGAAGGCUACUGGGAACAAAAGGCUCUCGCAGCGCUUGGUGUUUCGUCCUCUCGGGGAUCGCCGGACUUGGCUAGUGAUGACGACGAAGACGAAGAGAAUGGUGGUGGCCGGGGGCCGCGGUUGACAAGGUACCGUAGGAGAAGAGUUGAUAAAGGGCACAGUAAUAGUUCGACUCCGACGACUGAUGGAGAAGGGAAUGGGUUGUCAGACGUGGAUCCGACGAGAGCGAGCUUCGAAGUUGGCGACAAGGUUGAGAUACUCUGCCAGGACAGUGGUGUGAGGGGGUGCUGGUUCAUAGGUGUGAUCGUCGGUAAGACGUCCAGGCGCGUGAGAGUUCGCUACGAUGAUCUCCAAGACGAUGAUGGCAAGGAAAAUCUCGAGGAAUGGGUGUCGACGUCUAAAGUAGCACAGUUGGACAAGCUGAACAUCCGGGCUCACAGGAGGCCUGCUCUCAGGCCUUGUCCCGCCACUGGCCCGGAAGCUGUGGCUUGCUCGUUUGGCACCCCAGUUGAUGUCUGGUGGAAUGACGGAUGGUGGGAAGGAGUCGUGAUCGGCAGGGUAACAGCAAAUGAAGUUCGUGUCUACUUUCCUGACGAAGGUGAUGCAGAGGUUUUCAAGACAUCCGAUCUUCGUGUCUCGAGGGACUGGGUAAACAGCCAGUGGUGCAACGUGAAGGCCGAUCCGGAGGCCGUGUCGGCCAUGGGAAUCGUGUGCGGCAGCAGGGACCCGCUGACGGUGUCGCAGAGUUGUAGAUAUCAGAAUAGAUAUGAGGAAGGAAACAUAGACCGGAUGAUAAGCAUAGUGGAAGCAGCCGAGGAGCUACGGGAAGAGGAAGAUAAUGCCGACAAGUUUUUGACCAGGUGCUCGUCCGACGAUUCCAGCCGCAAGAGAAAGGCCGGAGGAGGCAGCGGAGAAGAGGAAGAAGCCUGCGCUGGCGAUGGUGGCGGUGGCAGCGGCGGUCUCAAGUGCAAGCACUCGAAGGAAGCUAGCGUGGAGGAGAGUGACUGCGAGCUAGACAUGGAGCAGGAAGGAUGGAACAACGUAAACAAGAAGCCGAGGAUCGCUAGCAGCGCCGCCGCCACCAACGCUUCCAUUCGCAGCCCCUCGCUCAAGAGUUCUUCCACGAUGUUUGGAAGUCCACUGCCGCCAGUGGCGAGCCUGGUAUUGUCGAGGUGAGUGAGUGUAGUAGUAGUGUGGAGCGAUCGAUUUUUAGUAGCAAGAUGAAGCAGGGAGCUUCGUUUUUAAUGAAGCGUUUUUUUCCUUCAUAGAUUCUACUCGUUCUUUUUUUCUUCGUGAUUA